AUGGUUCUCUCAACAUCCUCGCCAUCAUGGCUCGCGGCCGCCUUGGCCUUGUUCUCCAUUCUUUCUCUCCUCGUCCCCGCCAAUGCUCUGUACUUCUAUGUCGAGGGUCGGCAACCGAAGUGCUUCUUCGAGGACCUGCCGAAGGACACCCUCGUAGCGGGCAAGUUCGAAACGGAAGUCAUCAACCAGGGCUCAAACACCUACUCCGUUGACCCCAACCUGAAGAUGCUCAUCACGGUCGAUGAGACUUUCGACAACGAUCACCGCGUCGUCUCCAAGCGCGAGAACAACUCUGGCCGCUUCACCUUCUCCGCUGCUGACGCCGGCCAGCACCGCAUCUGCUUCACCGCUGAGACCGACGCUACCUCUGGCGGCUGGUUGUCCAACUCCCAAGGAGCCGUCAAGGUUUCCCUGGAUAUCGCCAUUGGCGAGACGAGCAAGAUCGAGACCGAGGAUAAGGACAAGAUGAAGGAUAUUGUGCAGCGGGUUCGUGAUCUGAACAGCCGGUUGCACGAUAUUCGUCGGGAGCAGGUGUACCAGCGGGAACGCGAGGCCGAAUUCCGUGACCAGUCUGAGACCACCAACUCCCGCGUUGUGCGCUGGGCCCUGAUCCAGGUGGCCGUUCUCUCCGCCGCCUGUGCCUGGCAGCUCUCGCACCUGCGGUCAUUCUUCAUCAAGCAGAAGUUGACCUAG